AUGAGGGACUGUGGACAUCAAGACGAUAUUGGAAUCCAAUGCUUUAGUGCUUGCCCAGAAACAGGUCAGUUGCGUAUUAUUGAUGGAGCACAAGAGCACGAAGGGCGACUAGAAAUUUUUUUGAAUGGUGCAUGGGGAACCGUUUGUAAUAAUUACUUUGACGAUAUUGACGCCACAGUAGCAUGUUAUAAUCUUGGAUAUUGUUCUGGAAAUGCAUUAUCUUCUAAUCUCAUUGUCAACGGACUCGGUACUAUAUGGAUUGAUGAUUUGAAAUGUUCUGGUAUAGAAAAUAGAUUACAAACCUGUACACAUGCCUCUAAACCGAAUUGUAGAGCAAGCGAGGAUGUUGGGGUAAGAUGUUCUGCUUCCUGUCCAACUGCAGACAAAAUGAAUCAACUGAUAUGGAUUAUUUUCCUUACUGAGAUAAAAUUAGCAUUCCUCGUCAAUGGUCAGCUUUCAGGUAGUUUGCGUUUAACUGCGGGUUACGCUGCGAACGCAGGGCGAUUGGAAAUCUUUCAUAACGGUGAAUGGGGGACAGUUUGCGAUAACCACUUUGAUAACAUCGAUGCAACAGUAGCUUGUAAAGAGCUUGGAUAUUGUUCAGGAAUCAUGCAUCAGGCAGAUCGUAUAAGUGAUGGUCACGGUGCCAUCUGGUUAACUGACGUAAAUUGCACUGGUUCAGAGAGAAAAUUGCUGCAUUGUGCAUACAAUGCCGAUUCAACGCGAUGUCGUCAUUAUGAAGAUGUGGGAAUUCAUUGUUUUCUCAGCUGUUCAACAGAGGAAGAUGGUGGUUUGCGUAUAACUGCGGGUUACGCUGGACAUCAAGGACGCCUAGAAAUUAAGUAUAGAGGUGAAUGGGGAACAGUUUGUGGUAAUCACUUUGGAAAUGUUGAUGCAGAAGUAGCAUGUAAACAGCUCGGAUAUUGUUCUGGAAUUAUGCAGCCUGCAACACUUAUACGACAUGGUCAGGGACCAAUAUGGUUAAAUGACGUAAAUUGUUCUGGUUCUGAAAGUAAAUUAUUGGACUGUCAUUUCAAUAAUGUGACAAAACAAUGUUAUAAUUGGCAUGAUAUUGGUGUGCAUUGUUUUAUCAACUGUACAACAGAGGAUGAAGGUAUGAAAGUCGAAACAAACAUGUUACGCAUUGUGUUCUAG